AAUUUAAAAUCAAAGUAUAUUUUGCAGGGUUGAUUUAUUUUCAAAAUUAUUUUGUUUAGUUGGCUUAACAGACCUAAUUUAAUAUAGACAUUUAAAACUUAUGCCAUUUAGAUUUACCAUAAAUAAAUCUAGUAUAAAGCCUAAUUUACUAUAAAAAUAUGUGUUAAAUUAUUUUCGUUUUUAGCUGCCCUCAAAUUAUUUUCAUGAAAAUGAGUUUGGUAGGAAAGAAAUGUGAAUCAAUAUCCCUUGUUGAAGCAAGUAGAGAUGAAAUCCUUAGUGAAGUUACUCCGGAUGAUGUUUUGAAGUUAGACAAAAUUACAGAUACCUACUUAUGUAGCCCUGAGGCAAACGUAUACGAUAUAGAUUUUACGAGAUUUAAAAUUCGUGAUUUGGAAACGGGUACGGUUCUUUUCGAGAUUGCUAAGCCCCCAACAGACUUUGGUGUCGAUAAUGAGGGCGGUGAAGAUGGAUCUGAUGAUCCGUUGGACCCUAAUGCCGGGCGAUUCGUACGAUACCAAUUUACGCCGCAGUUUUUAAAGUUGCGAACCGUUGGUGCCACAGUUGAAUUUACUGUUGGGGCAAGACCAGUUAAUCACUUCAGAAUGAUAGAAAAGCAUUUCUUUCGGGAAACACUACUGAAAACAUUUGAUUUUGAAUUUGGAUUCUGCAUUCCAUUUUCAAGAAAUACCUGUGAACAUAUUUAUGAGUUUCCUACUCUUCCACCAGAUCUUGUUGAAGAAAUGAUUGCUGCCCCAUUUGAAACUUGCUCAGACAGUUUCUACUUCGUUGACAACCAUCUUGUAAUGCAUAACAAAGCUGAUUAUGCCUACAAUGGAGGAAUAAACAAUUGAACUAUACAUUUAAUUUGUUUUGGCACUAAAUUAUUAAGUACUUGGAGUCCUACAAGUACAAAACUUAAAAAUGUGUGAUAUUAUUUCAUGUAUAAUUACUAAAAAUUUUAAGCACUUAUUACUAAUUCCUACCUAGUUCUGGACAACAAUUGUGAUAUAAAAUAUAAGUAAGUUUGAUGACAUCUUUAGAAAUAAAAUUUUCUGUUAUAAAGAAAUUAAUUACAAUUGUUGGGAACAAGGUAAAGGAAUGUGUAAUUUUACACUUUGUGGAUUUUACUGUUUGGUACACUUGCACUCAAUGUUUCAACACUGUUUUUAACACUUAAAAGUUUGUGAGAGACCUAGUCAUAUAAUAGUAAUGACUUUUGGGAUGUAUAAGUGUGUGAUUACAUACAGGGAGUGAUAAUAGAUCUUUUAUUAUAUAUAGCAAAUUAUUUUCAGGUGUAUCAUAUAAUCUUAUUUUACAAAGGUCAUUUUAAAUUGUAUGACUCUUCUGUCUAAUACUACUGAUAAAACUAAUCUGAAUAUAUUUGGAUUAAAUUUAAAUAAUCAUUAAUGAUGUAAACAGCUACAGUUGACUCAACACAAUGUAAAGAUAACAGUAAUAAAAAAAAAUGUGAUCUAAUUACUGUGCCCCUUAAACUAUGUUAGCUGGUGUUAGUAGGUUUCUAGUAUAAGUUAACUUAAAUCAUAUUCAUAUGUAUAAGGCACAUAUUACCAUAUUUAUUUUAGAUGUAUUGGCACUGCAUAUUAAGUUUAUGAGUUAAUAUCGUUCUUCAAUAUAACACUAAGAAACAUUAAGAACUUAUCAGGCCUAACCAUAAUAGAACUGUCAAGCCAUAAUAAGAACAACAUGUUUAUUUUAUAUUGAUAUUGAUAUCAACAACUUCUUGAUUAUGAUGAAAAAGGUACGGCUAAUGUAAAUUUGAUCUCAUAGGCUGGUAAGAUAUAAUGCCGUCCACUUAUGUCCAACAAGGCUUUAAGGUGGAAUAAAAAAUUUACCAAAUAUGUGUUCAGUGUUAGUAUUAUUUAAUUUGUCAUUAAGUGUGAAUAAAUAUUUGCAAUAAUCACCACAAUAGUGGUUAUUAUGUAAAGCUUGAUUGAUUUUGAUUGAAAUAAAUGAUAACUGGUUUUA